AUGGCGCUUCUCCAGUACAAAGCUCCCGUCGACUAUGAAGCACAGCUAGAUGCCUUCAAGUCGUUCCUGGAGAAGUUCGAAACCACACAGACCGCUUCAGACGAAGCCGCCGAAGCCAUCAAUGACCUUAACCUGAACGGUGAUGACGAGUACGACUUUAUGGACGAUGUCGCCAAUGGCGCGACACCAAACGGACGCUCACAAGGCACGAAGCGAAAAUACAUCGAGAUGCUGCAGGAGGUAGCGGACCGCGACCGCCAGAACAUCCUCAUAGACCUGGACGAUCUAAAGGAGUUCGAGGAUUCAUUAGACGCGGAUUCGAACCUCAAGCUGGUAGACUCAGUGCUGAACAAUACAAAGCACUACGUGGACAUCUUUUCCGAUGCGGUUGACAAGAUCAUCCCCAAACCUAGCAAGGAUAUUUCCUUCAAAGACGACGUUUUGGAUGUGAUCAUGUCCCAGCGGCAGAAGCGAAACGACACUCUAUCACAAGCAGCGCAAAAUGAAGCCGAGGCGGCGAUACCUAUCUCUACAUUUCCUCCCGAGCUGACGCGCCGAUACACUCUCAAUUUCAGGCCCCUUACGCCGGCUGGCGAGAAAGACAAGACUCUGGCAGUGCGUCAGGUGCGAGGUGAGCAUCUUGGUCAUCUCAUCACAGUUCGCGGCAUCACGACGCGAGUAUCAGAUGUCAAGCCGGCUCUCCGCAUCCAGGCUUACACUUGCGAUAGUUGCGGCUCCGAAAUCUUUCAGCCCAUCACUACGAAGCAAUUCACGCCCAUGCAGGUCUGCCCUUCUGAAGAAUGCGAACGAAAUCAGACAAAAGGCCAGCUGUUCCCUUCAACUCGGGCAUCGAAGUUCCUUCCGUUCCAGGAGAUCAAGAUACAAGAGAUGGCAGACCAGGUGCCGGUCGGCCACAUUCCUCGAACCCUAACCAUCCACGCACACGGUUCCCUGACACGUGUGGUAAACCCCGGCGACGUAGUGGAUGUUGCAGGGAUCUUCCUUCCUACGCCCUACACCGGCUUUCGUGCCAUUCGUGCCGGUCUCCUCACAGAUACCUAUCUCGAAGCCCAGCAUAUUACGCAACACAAGAAGGCAUACCAGGAUCUCAAGCUCGACCCUCGUGUGAUCCGCCGCAUUGAGUCAUACAAAGCCACAGGUCAUCUCUACGAGUACCUUGCACGGUCCAUUGCGCCUGAGAUUUACGGACACCUUGAUGUUAAGAAAGCCCUCCUGCUACUGCUCAUCGGCGGUGUCACCAAAACCAUGGGCGACGGCAUGCGCAUCCGUGGUGAUAUCAACGUCUGCCUAAUGGGAGAUCCAGGUGUUGCCAAAUCCCAACUCCUCAAGUACAUCACGAAAGUAGCCCCUCGCGGCGUUUACACGACAGGUCGAGGAUCCUCGGGCGUCGGUCUCACUGCAGCUGUGAUGCGUGAUCCCGUCACCGAUGAGAUGGUCCUGGAAGGUGGUGCCCUCGUUCUGGCCGACAAUGGCAUUUGCUGCAUUGAUGAAUUCGACAAGAUGGACGACGGGGACCGCACGGCUAUUCACGAAGUCAUGGAGCAACAAACUAUCUCCAUCAGCAAAGCUGGUAUCACUACCACUCUGAAUGCUCGCACCUCAAUUCUUGCGGCCGCCAACCCGCUGUAUGGCCGCUACAAUCCCCGCAUAUCACCCGUCGAGAAUAUCAAUCUGCCAGCAGCGCUCUUGUCCCGAUUCGAUAUCCUUUUCCUCAUCCUCGACACGCCCUCGCGCGAAUCCGACGAAGAACUCGCACAGCACGUUUGCCAUGUGCACAUGACCAACACCCCCACUUCCCAGACCAACGGCGACGCCACCAACGGCCCAACCUUCUCGCCCCACGAAGUGCGGCAAUACAUCGCUUUGGCGCGCACGCACCGCCCCACAAUCCCAGCCUCAGUCUCCCAGUACCUCACCGGCGCGUACGUGCGCCUGCGGCAGCAGCAGAAGCGCGACGAAAACUCCAAGCGCCAAUUCACGCACAUCUCGCCGCGUACGCUGCUCGGCGUGCUCCGCCUGGCGCAAGCGCUGGCCCGGCUACGCUUCGCCGCCGAGGUCGUCAACGAAGACGUCGACGAAGCCCUGCGUCUCAUCGACGUCAGCAAGGCGAGCCUGUACGCCGACGGCCGCAAUGGUCGCGCCGACAUGAGCGUCAGCAGCCGCAUCUACGAGGUCAUUCGGGGCAUGCGCGAGAGCGGCGCAGCCGCCGUGGGCCGGGGUGGCGCAAGCAGGGGCGAGAUGGACUUCAAGCGCGUGAGGGAGCUGGUGCUGGGGAAGGGGUUCAAGGAGGAGGAGUUUGAGCGUGUGGUGGAGGAGUAUGAGCUUUUGGACGUCUGGCAGCGAGCCAACAAUGGGACACGGCUGGUGUGGGUCGAGGCCGGAGAUAGCGAUGAUGACGAUAUGGCUUGA